GGAGUCUGGCUCCUAGUGAGUAUGUGGGGGCCACGGGGGGGCCCAGGUAGUCCUGGGACCCCCGGCCAUGGGUGAGCGAGCCCACCACGGAGCUCAAGUGUGCUCUGGCACCAACCCCAGGAAGUGCCAGGACCUUGGAGACUCUAUUCUUCUGAUUCUGGGCAGUGUCAUUUUGCUCAACGUGGGGAUCAACGUGGUGACUCUGCUCUGGAGGCAUCUGAAGAGCUCUCUGCGGAUCCUUUUCCAUCAUUUUUUCCCCAAAGACAAGCAUCCCAGCUGUGCAGGUGGCCAUCCCAUGUGUACCCGCUGCUCCAUGGACCCCAAGAACCUGUGCUCGAGAGUCUCCUCCCGCUUCCACCGUCGCCCCGGCUUCCUGGCCGGGCACCCUAACCAUCUCAACUCCUGGAUUCCAGACAUGAACGACGAGAAAGCUUCUGGGUGCUGCUGGGUGCCGCCUCCAUGUGGACACACCGGAGCUCCUGUGGACGCUCCCUGGGGACCGUGGAAGGAGGGGGUGAUGGGAGCUGGGGAAGCCUCCCAGGUCACAGCCUUAAAGGCCCAGGCCCCCUUUAUCUCCAGGCACCAGACACCUUCCCAGUUCCCCAGGAUGAGCACGGUGGACGUGGUUCCCCUCCUCUUGCCCCAUGAGAGCAAGACCAACACUCCAGACUAUGACCCACCCCGUGUCCCCGCCCAGACCCACACCCACUCCCCACCCCAUACCCCUGAGCACACCACAGCCCAGACCCAGACCUCCUUCCCAGCCCAUGGACCUGAGCACACCACCCCCAGGGCCCAGGCCUCCUUCCCAGCCCACACCCUGGAGCACACCACCCCCAAGGCCCGUGCCUCCUCCUUAGCCCAUGCCCCCGAGCACACCACCCCCCAGGCCCAGACCCUCCAAGCCCAUGGACCUGAGCACACCACCCCCAGGGCCCAGGCCUCCUUCCCAGCCCACACCCCUGAGCACACCACCCCCCAGGCCCACACUUACUUCCCAGUCCAGGCCCACACCCCCUCCUUAGCCCAUGCCUCUGAACACAACAUCCCCCAGGCCCAGACCUCCUUCCCAGCCCACACCCCUGACCACACCACCCCUGGGGCCCACUCCUCCUCCCUAGUCCACGCCCCUGACCACACCCCCCAGACACAGACCUCCUUCCCAACUCACACCCCUGAGCACACCACCCCCCAGGCCGACCCAGCUCACACCCUUGAGUAUAACCUGCCGCAGGCCCAGAUCCAUUCCCCAGCCCAAGCCCCUGAAUACCACUCCCUUCAGGCCCAUACCUACUCCGUAACCCUCACCCCUGAGCACAUCACCCCCCAAGCCCAUGCCGCUGAACACACCCCAGCCCCAGUCCAUGGCCCCGAGCACACCGCAGUCCAGGCCCAUACCUACUCCCCAGGCUUUACCCCUGAGCACACUCAGCCCACUCCUGCCCAGGCCCAGAACCCUGAGCACCCCUCAGCCCAUCCCCUGGGUCACACCCCUGAGCAUGUAAUAGCCCACAGCCCAGCCUGCACUCCAGGCCAUGCUCAUCUAACCCACACCCAUGCACCUCACCCCCUGGUGCCCUCUCCCGCCUCUGCCUCAGCCCCUCCCCCAACGACCCUUGUCGCAGCCCCUCUCCCAGCGCCUGGCCCAACUCUGGUCAUGACCCUGACGACCACUCCUGUUCCCACUCCAGUCUCUGUCACCACCCGUACCCCCAUCCUAACUCCUAUUCCGUCUACCCUGACUGCCUUUGGCCAAGACCUCUCCACUGGCCACGUGGUCUAUGAUGCCCGCAGGGUGAAGCAGAGCAUACACCAUAUGUGCCCCCCUCCGCCCUCUGGGUAUUCCAGAAAGGACAUGGGCACCCUCCACAGGCCCCAAGAGGGGCAGGGUCUGGACAGCUCUGGUACAGCGGAGCCAACAACGAAACAACCCAACAGGGACAGUGCCAAGCACUCCACAGGCUCCGUCCUGGGCUAUCUGGAGUUGGGAAAUGUGGAAUGGAAGAUCUCGAAUGAUGCCAAAGACAAGUUCUUGCAGCCCAAGAUCUUCCCUUAUCUUAGCUUCCAUCCCUGCAGUUCAGAGAGGAGACGCACAGACUCUCAGACUCCGGUCUACCCCAAAUUCCUCGUCUACUCCAAGGAGGCCACACCUUCUCAGCGUUGCUUUCAUUCUCCGACCACUACCCAGAGCUCAGUGAGCACCAUCUCUCCCCCGUGCACUCUUUCUCUGCCCCUUAUGUCCCCCAGAUCCUUUGUCCCUCAUCAAGCCUCCAACCACCAGCAGCUCUCCGACUCAGUGCGACCCCCCACCUUUCCCCCGACCUCCAAAUCUUCUCAGUCCGUCUCCUCUUCCCAGUUCCCCAUCCCUCCGCACUUCUCCAAGACUUUCCAACCCCCAAUUCCACCCCAGCCCCCUAAACUUCAGGGGAGUCUGGGCCUCAACCAAGAUUCUGGCCUCCAAAGGACUUCAAGCCUUUCAAAGGACUUGAGAGUUCCAAGGAACCCAGGCCUUGCUGAAGAUCCAGGCCUAAACAAGCCCCCAGGCCCUACUCUAGACUCUUCUCUCUGCAAGAGUCCGAGCCCUUCUCAAGAUUCUGGACUUCACAAGAAUCUGGUCAUUACCCAAGAUUCUGGCCCCCAAAAGAGCCUAGGUCCUACUCAAAAUGCAGGUAUCUUUAGAAGCCCAUGUCUCAGCCAACCUUGUAACCUCCACAAGGACAUACCAUUUCCCCAAACUUCCGACACUCAGAGGAGUUCAGGCUUUAUGCAAAACUCUGGCGUCUACAGGAAUCUAGAACAAAACCAAGAGACUAUACACCAUAAAAGGCAAGAUCUCUCCCAGACAACAGGCCUCCAUAAUAGUGCGGGACCCUCUCAAGAUUCUGGAAUUUACAAGAGCACAGGUCAUGCUCAUGAGCUGGGAGUCUCCAGGAGCCUAGGCCUUCCCCAAGAUCCUUGCCCACAGAAGAGCCUAUACCAAGAAUCUGAAGUCAACAGGUGCUCAGGCUUGAUCCAAACCUCUGGUCUCCUUAAGGGCUCAGGCCUUACCCAAGACUCCGGAGACUACAAGAGUCCAGGCCUGACACAAGCCAUUGAAGUUGAAAGGAGAUGUGGCCGGACACAAGACGUUGGAAUUUACAGGAGCCCAGAAUAUACCCAAGACCCUAACUUCCACCAGUACCCAGGAAUUAAUCAAGAUCCUGGCUCCCAUAGGGGCCCAGCCUUUACGCAAGACCAUAUUCUCCCCAAGACUCAAAGUCUUAUUAGGGAAUCCAGCCUCCACAAGGAUUCACCCCUUAUCUCACAUCCCAACCACCCCAAGAACCCAGGCCUUGCUCUAAGUACCGACUCAGAACAAGUCUUGGGCCUCCCUCAGACCCCAAAGUUCUCACUGUGCCCAAAGUCAUGUGCAUCCGAGCAGGCUCCCCAGAAGGAAGAUCCACAACAGCGCCUUCCAUGGCCGCCUGUCCCACCUAGUCAGAACUCCAGCUCACCCAAGCCCCCGGCGGUGAUCUACAAUGACCUGCAAACCUUCUCAGAGGUCCCUUUGCUAAUUGAGCUGCAGCCAUCCUCCCGGCGAGCAGGUGGCCAAGACUGGGCAUACCGUCCCGUGGAUCCGGUGCCUUCAGCCUCCCAGAGCUAUCGCCAGAUGUCUAUGCCUCCCAAAGUCAACUGGAAGCCCUACUGCCCUGGGUCAGGCACCCGAGUCGGGCAUGUGGUCUUCGAUGCCCGCCAGAGACAGUUUGGGGUGGGCAGGGACAAGUGUGAAGCUCUGUCUCCCAGACGCAGUCGCCAAGAGGCGUGCAGCAACCCCCCGGAGACCACCAAGGAGUGGGGAUAUCAGAGUGUGAUGAGAACCUUGGAGAAAGAGGGGGCAAAGGUGCAUCAGGAAUAAAGAGGCGAGAGAACGAUUGUGUGGUUGUUUGGGGACAUCCCACCCUAGCCCUGUUCCUGAUGCUGUGGCUCCCCACAGGGCCCGAUGAGGGCUGCUACUCUAUCCCUGCCCCUGUUUCUCCUGCAUCCCUGUGUGGUGGAACCCCAAGGCCCAGAGCUGCCUCAUCCAAUACAGUGGCCAUGAGCCA